CAUGACGUCAGAUACCGGAAGGUCAGAGGCUGUGAGCGGAAGUAAGUGCUGGAGUGCUCCGCCAUUGUGUGUGUGUGUGUGUGUGUGUGAGAGAGAGAGAGAAAUCGCCGUCCGCUAUAGAGGCAGCCAGCACCACCUCAGCAAAUACCAUACACACACACACACCGGGGAGGGGAAAGUAAAACUGCACGGCGGAGACUAAACAAACCACCGCCCUCGUGUUGGGCUUUUUCAAAAAAAAUUGCAGUUGUUUGAACCGGUAUUGCUUCAGGCUGGUGCUGGGAGCGCGUUUUGAAGAGGAUUCGGUCGAGCCGGAGGCCGAGCUCCUGCCGCCAGCCUGCCGCUGCUCUUUGAUGAAGAAUGUCUGCUACCAGCGUGGAUCAGAGACCGAAAGGCCAGGGAAGUAAAGUUCAGAACGGUUCGAUGCAUCAAAAAGACUCAGUGAACGAUGAUGAUUUUGAACCUUAUUUAACCAGCCAGACGAAUCAGAGCAACAGCUACCCACCAAUGUCCGAUCCAUACAUGCCCAGUUAUUAUGCUCCUUCCAUUGGAUUUCCGUAUUCUCUUGGUGAAGCUCCCUGGUCAACAGGGGGAGAUCCUCCAAUGCCAUACUUAACAACAUAUGGACAGAUGAGUAACGGUGAGCAUCACUUUAUACCGGAUGGUGUAUUCAGUCAGCCUGGGACCUUAGGGAGCACCCCACCAUUUUUGAAUCAACAUGGAUUUAACUUUUUUCCUGGGAACGCAGACUUUUCUACUUGGGGAGCAAGUGGAUCUCAAGGACAGUCAACCCAAAGUUCUGCAUAUAGUAACAGCUAUGGGUACCCGCCUAGUUCUCUUGGAAGAGCCAUAGCUGAUGGACAGGCUGGAUUUGGCAGUGACUCUUUGAGCAAGGUGCCUGGCAUAAAUAGCAUUGAACAAGGCAUGACUGGACUGAAGAUUGGAGGAGAUAUGACGACAGCUGUCACUAAAACUGUAGGUUCUGCUCUUAGUAGUACAGGUAUGUGCAGUAGCAUUGUUGCUAAUAGCACCCCAGCUACAAGCACUUCAGCACCUAAGCCUACAUCCUGGGCUGCUAUUGCUAGGAAACCCGCAAAGCCUCAGCCAAAAUUAAAGCCUAAGACUAACAUGGGACUAGGUGGACCUGCAGUACCACCUCCACCUAUAAAACACAACAUGAAUAUUGGAACUUGGGAAGACAAAGGCAAUGUACCCAAAGUCCCGCCUGCACAACAAGUUAUGCCUCCUCAAGUAGUUGUGCAGCAGCAUCAGCUUCCCCAGCAACCAAUUGCUAUUCAGACCCACCCAACAAAUCAGCAACAACCACAGAAUCCAGGACCUCAACAACCUCCGUCUCAAGGUCAGCAGCAGCCGCAAAAUCGUUGGGUGGCUCCUCGCAAUCGGGGAGCUAGCUUUAGUCAGACCAGUGGAGCAAGUAGUGAGAGUUUUGUGUUGGGUAUAGCAUCGUUAAGCACUUCGCCGUCUGGAGGAGAAGUACAUCCUGUAUUAGAAAAACUAAAGGGCAUACACAACUACAACCCCAAAGAUUUUGACUGGAGUCUGAAGACAGGUCGAGUAUUUAUAAUUAAAAGCUACUCUGAGGACGAUAUACACCGUUCUAUCAAGUACUCUAUUUGGUGCAGUACAGAACAUGGUAAUAAACGUUUGGAUGCUGCUUUUCGCUCUUUGAAUGGUAAAGGACCACUCUAUUUACUCUUUAGUGUAAAUGGGAGUGGACAUUUUUGUGGAGUGGCUGAGAUGAAGUCAGCAGUGGACUAUAAUGCUUUUGCUGGAGUUUGGUCACAGGAUAAAUGGAAGGGCAAGUUUGAAGUUAAGUGGAUCUUUGUGAAAGAUGUACCCAAUAACCAACUUCGGCAUAUUCGUUUGGAAAAUAAUGAUAAUAAACCAGUUACCAAUUCAAGGGACACACAGGAGGUGCCCCUGGAAAAAGCCAAGCAAGUGCUUAAAAUAAUUGCUACUUACAAGCAUACCACUUCAAUCUUUGAUGACUUUGCACAUUAUGAAAAACGACAAGAGGAGGAGGAAGCCAUACGUAGAGAGCGGAAUAGAAGCAAAUAGUAACUGAAAGGGCAUGCUGCACCAUUGUUACAACACUAAAGACACGAACCUUGGAAAUUUACUAGUAUCUUCCAGGAACCAUGGUUAUUGGAACUUUACUGCUCAAGGCGACCUCUUUUGAACACUUGAACACAAGAUUGGCUUUCCCUGUUGGUUCUCAUUGCUGCAUUUGCCCUUAUACUCUUGUUUCACAAAACACAUUUGAGCUCUAUAUUUCAAGCACUUUCUGCUUUCCUAAAGCUUUUUAUCAAUAACUAUCCUUCUAAAUUCAGCCUCUGUUGAAAUCCAGAAAUUGAGUGAAUGUGAGAAUCAAUUAAUUUUUUUGGAUUUGUUUAAUACUAACAGUUAAUGAGUGUAGUUUGGUCAAUGAUCUGAGAUUUCAUGAUGCUUAGCUCUUCAACAUACUUUUUUUUCUGUUGUAAGAUUCAUUUUUAAAUUAAUUUUUAGCUCUUCAGAAACCAUUUGGAUAUCAUGUAAUUUUUAGUUCAAACUAAUAAAUCCAGUAUAUUGCCUAUGUGAAAAUUAUUGUAGUAAAUAAAGUGAAUAAAUGGAAUUAAUAUUUUUUGCCAAAUGUGAAACAAAGCAGAAGUUAUGCAAGAUUCUUCCCCAAAUUAUUCUUGGUUCUGAAAUAUAAUUUUUAAAAAUGUAUGUGCAACCAGUUAAAUACAAUGCUUUCUUUAUUGUACGAUGUAUUACAUAGGUUUCAGAAAAGUGCAUUUGUCUAUGGAGGAGAUGCUAGAUGUUUGAUACAAACAUUGAUGACACUGUCCUAAGUAAAUGUACCUCAGUUUGAUUUAACUUUUUAGACUUCUGUAAUGUCUUUUAAAUACAGCUUCCUACCUUUUGAAUGUUUGCCUUUCUGGCAGAUUACUAUCAUGGAAGUGGAAAAUUUUCUCCUCUUAGGUGAUUCACUAGCUUAAUAAAUCCAAUACUUGUU